AACGCAAAGAAGCAACAAGAAAGCCAGUGCCCAGCUCAGCGUCUCCUCCUUCCCAUCUCUGUCCUUCUCUGACUCCAUCCACCCACCACCACCAGCAUGGGUUACGAGGCUCCCAAGGGUGUUCCCACCGUCUUCGACCCCAGCUUCACCGGCGUCGGCCAGAAGCCCGGUCUUGAGAUCUGGCGCGUGGAGAAGCUUGCCGUCGUCAAGAAGAACCCAGAUGACAAGGCACACAAGGGCGAGCUCCACGAGGGCGAUGCCUACAUCAUCCUCCAGACCAAGGAGGUGCAUGGUGCGCUUCAGCGCAACAUCUUCUUCUGGCUCGGCAAGGACUCCAGCCAGGAUGAGCAGGGCGUGGCCGCGUACAAGACGGUCGAGCUCGACCAGUCGCUCGGCGAUGAGCCCGUGCAGCAUCGCGAGGUGCAGAACCACGAGUCGGACGAGUUCCUCGGCCUCUUCAAGAACGGCCUGCGCUACCUCGAGGGCGGUGUCGCCACCGGCUUCCGCCACGUCGACCGCGACGCCUACGAGACGCGCCUCCUGCACAUCAAGGGCCGCCGCAACAUCCGUGUGUCCCAGGUCAAGCUCGACCCAAGCAGCAUGAACGAGGGCGACGUGUUCGUGCUCGAUGCCGGCAAGGACAUCUUCCAGUGGAACGGCAAGGGCGCCAGCCGCGUGGAGAAGUCCAAGGCCCUCGAGGUCACCAAGCGCAUCCGCGACGAGGAGCGCGGUGGCAAGGCCAAGAUCCACCUCAUCGACCAGGGCAAGGACGACGACUCCCUGUUCUGGGAGAAGUUUGGCGUGAGCAAGCCCACGCGCAUCAAGUCCGCCGAGGAGGGUGGCGAUGACGCCAAGCACUCGCGUGCCGCCGCCGCCAACGUCACACUGUACCGCGUGUCCGAUGCCUCUGGCUCCAUGCAGGUCACCCCUGUCGAGGAGAAGCCCUACAAGCAGGAAAUGCUCGACACCAACGACGCCUUCAUCCUGGACUGCGGUCCCGCUGGCAUCUUCGUCUGGGUCGGCAAGGGCGCCACCAAGGAGGAGCGCGCCUUCUCCAUGCGCACCGGCAUGGACUUCCUCAAGACCAAGGGGUACCCCCACCACACCCCUGUCACUCGCGUUGUUGAGGGUGGCGAGACGCCGCUGUUCAAGCAGAACUUCCCCGGCUGGAAGGAGCCCAACGCCCUCCUCCCUGGCCAGACCGGCAUCCGCAAGAAGAAGUUUAUCAAGAAGCAGUUCUCUGCCGCGACCCUUCACAGCGCGGGUGAGCGCCAGAAGGCGACCCUGCCCGAUGACGGCACGGGCAAGCUCGAGGUGUGGCGCAUCGAGAACUUUGAGAUGGCGCCUGUGCCCAAGGAACAGUACGGUCACUUCUACUCUGGCGACUCGUACGUGAUGCUGUACACGUACCUGCGCAACAGCAAGGAGGAGUACAUCAUCUACUUCUGGCAGGGCAACAAGUCGUCCCAGGACGAGCGCGGCGCCUCUGCCAAGCACGCCGUCGACCUCGACGACAAGUACGGCGGCGCCCCCGUGCAGGUGCGCGUGGUGCAGAACAAGGAGCCCCCACACUUCUACCUCGUCAUGAAGCAGUUUGGCGGCAUGGUUGUGCACGAGGGCGGCCACGCCUCUGGCUGGAAGAACGUCGACGACAAGGACUCAUACGACACGGACGGCACCCGCCUGUUCCAGGUCCGCGGCACCAACGAGUGGAACACGCGCGCCAUCCAGGUUGACGAGGAGCCCAAGUCCCUCAACUCUGGCGACGUCUUCAUUCUUGAGACCCCGCAGAACGUCUUCCUGUGGUUCGGCAAGGGCUGCACCGGCGACGAGCGCGAGUACGCCAAGCAGAUUGUCAAGCGCGUGUGCCCCAAGCGCGGCGCCAGCUUUGAGGCCAUCACCGAGGGCCAGGAGCCCAAGGAGUUCUGGCAGGGUCUUGGCUGGGACAUUGACACACAGGGCCGCCCCACCUACGCCGAGUUCAAGGAGCAGGCCAUCCAGGAGUACCACGAGCCCCGCCUGUUCCAGUGCAGCAACGCCCGCGGCUACUUCUAUGUCGAGGAGAUCUUCGACUUUGAUCAGAACGAUCUGAUUGAGGACGAUGUGAUGCUGCUGGACACCUACUUUGAGGUGUUUGUGUGGAUUGGCCAGAACGCCAACCCCGAGGAGAAGAAGGGCGCGCUGCAGGCUGCCGUCGACUACGUCAAGACAGAUCCCUCUGGCCGCACCGUCGACGACACGUGCAUCAUGCAGAUCAAGCAGGGCUUUGAGCCAACCAACUUCCGCUGCCACUUCCACGCGUGGGACGACGACAUGUGGUCCAAGGGCAUGAGCUACGAGGAGCUCAAGGCCAAGCUUGGCAGCGAGGUUGAGGGCGUCGACGCCAUGGCUGCGCUCGACGAGUGGUCUGGCAACAAGAAGUACCCCUAUGAGCUGCUGCGCGAUGGCCCUGUGCCAGAGACGGUCGACGUCACCGCCAAGGAGCAGUACCUCGAGGACGAGGAGUUUGAGAAGAUCUUCAAGAUGACGCGCGCAGAGUUCAACGCCCUGCCCAAGUGGAAGCAGAACGGCAAGAAGAAGGAGGUCAAGCUCUUCUAAGUCGUGCAUGACAGCAGCAGCAGCAGCAGCAGCAAUUCCCCGCGCAAUUGCAACAAAUCCUCACUCUUGUGGCGGUGGUGCGAGACAACAAGACCCUCUUCCUUGGUCUUGUUGAUCCUUUACUGUUCAUGUCAUUCCUUCUUUGCCGGCCCUUCCUUGCACACCCCCUCCUUUGUUGUGUGUGCACUGACUUGUGCGUUGACGCUCGUUGCUUCCACCUCUUCUUCAUUCCUUCCCCACUCGCUUGCUUGUUACGUGCCUCCUUGUGUGUGUGUGUGUUUUUUUUUUCGGCAUGCGAGAACGACAGAAACCAAACACUCCCCAAGCACUGUCACCACUUUGCCUUGUCUGCCCUUCUUAUGUUGUUGCCGUUGUUCGAUGCUUGCAACGUCUUUUGUGCUGACUGACUGUUCUGCGUUGCAACGCGCCCCACAGUGUUGUUGUUUUUGUUUCUUACACCUGCUGAUGAUGAGCUGGCUGGAAUGAAUGCCACUCGCGAACACAAUACAAAUGCUGCAAAGCAAACGAAA